CAAAUGGACGGAGGACAGAUGUCCCGACCAUGAGGGUUUUCAUCAGCUUCGAGGGCUCCUGUGAGCCUUUUGACAUCCCUUCAGAUCAGACUGUGGGGGGCAUGAAACAGAUGGUGAAGGAUCACUUUCUUGUGAAACUUUCUGAUGACAAACAGGUCCGGCAGUACUUGGAGCUGAGCUACGGUGGUGCAGCGCUGCAGGACAACUGGGCUCUGUGUGACGUGGGCAUUACAUGUGGCAGUGCCAUCCGAUGCCUGAUAAAGAGUGAACAAAGGCCUGUGAUACGCGUGUUCAAUGCUGUGACGGGAGAAACCUUUCCAAUCAUGGGAAGUGAGGCUCUUUUGCAUAUGUCUGUUGCUGGAUUGAAAACUGUGGUGUCCAUGCAAAGUGGCCUCCCCGUCAGCACCUUCAGACUGAGCACACCCACUGGUGUACAACUCUAUGACUGCAACCAACUACAAGACUAUGCCGUUGAAGUGGGCACCACUCUCCGUUUGGACACAUGGGAUGGGUGGGUGAAGUUCCUCCAGGGUUGCCUCCUGGGUCAUAAAUUGACAGUUCAGAGCCACCUAUCACAGAAGAAGCCAGUGAUGAGGUUUCAACUGCAGGUAGCACUAUACAUCGCUGCAUCUUUAGGCCACUUGGAUCUGGCUGACUGGCUGCUGGAAAGGGGGGCACACGCUGAAGAACCCGUAGGAGUCCAUCCAUACCGCCAGUGGUGCCACCAAACAGCCCACAGAGACACCGGAAAGUGUCCCAUCCAUAUAGCUGCAGAGAGCAAUCAGCUCCUCAUCCUGAAACUGUUCAUCACCAAGAAAAUCUUGAUCUUGGCUUGUCAGGACGCAGCAGGUCGUGACCCUUUGAAAGUUGCUCUUCAGUGUGGUCACAGGGACUGUGUGCGCUACUUAGCCAACAAGCUGUACUCAGUAGUAUCUCUGCCAAACAUGUCCCUGCCCAUGCGUAUCUACCUCCAGAUAAAACGCUGGGCGAGUUUGGGGCAAAAAAAAGCAUCUUCCAAUCGAUGCCAGUACACCUGUGCUGCCUUCAAAGCCAGGAUAGGGGAUACGCUGCUGGUAGAUGGCUUCAGUGAGCCAAAUAUGAGCUCCAAAUCUAGGAAACCUGUGACCAAACCCAGUAGAGGAAUCAAAAACAAAGCUUUGCACCCAUUACCUCCUAUCAGCAACUCACACCUUGCCUCCGAAAGGGUGCCACCCCAACCAUCCAGCCUGCAGUCUGUGAGCUCUGGUGACUUUAAAGACAUGCAGAAAAAGCAGAAAGAAGAUUACCUUUACAGAGAUGCCUUGGUCAAAGCAGCUGAGUAUAGCACGAACCCUCAUCAGGAAGCACGUCCAUACCAUGGCCUGAUACUGGAUGAUGGAUCCUGA